CCUAGGUACGUGUGGAGGUGGCAUGUGCCGUGACCAACUACUCUUAUCGUCCACUCAACCACCGCCAACCCUGUCAAACACCUCAACGCUCUUGAGACAUCGUCGUCGUCUUCUUCUCCUUCCUCACUCUCAUCCAUUCCACACGUUUUCUCAUAUUCAUUCAUCCUCUCAUCCAUCCCAGCUUUCCUCUGCACAUAACCUAUUAUCUCAUUUUGGUAACCUAGCUCCCGGGCUGCCUACACUCAGUCCAAAGCAGCCAUCAUGGGCUUAAGACGAAAACGACAUUAUUCUUCGGCUUGCGACUCUGCUGGUAGAGUCACCUCGAAGCUGGUCUUAUCCAUUCUUGCCAUGUCUGCUUCCCCAGCCGCUGCGACCUUCCAGAACGCGGGCGCUACAUUUCCCAACGAGCCGAUACUGGCCCCCCUAAUACCCGAACCGCCACAGCCGGCCGAACACGUCUUUACGCUCCGCCACAUAUUCCACCACGGCACCUACCGGCACCCCGGACUCCAUCGGAGGCGUGACAUCCGCGAGUCGGACGCGGAGAUAUGGCUGGCCGAAGAGGAUGGCCACGAGGCAGAACGAAUAUUGCCUUUGAAGGCCAAGAGUCAACCUCGGAAGAUCGAGCGUCUGGUCGACCGGCGGCCCAGUACUGUAGACCCGUUAGUAGCCGAGGCUCGCCAGCGAGGCUAUGUCAUCGCGAGCAGUCCCUCCGCCUGGACCGUCGACGAGGUCCUCGGCCCCGACGUUACCGACAAGGAAACAAUUCUUACUAUGGCAUUGAUAGCGGCCGAUGCCUACGUGGAGAAGCCAGGUAUGCCGGAUUGGGAUGAGGUGGGAGAACCCUUUAACCGAAGCGCCGAUUUCGGCUGGGAAGGUGAUGGGCUCAGGGGCCACAUCUGGGCCGACGAGACGAAUUCCACCAUUGUUGUUGGACUGAAGGGAACCUCUCCGGCUGUGUUUGACGGAGAAGGCACAACGACGAAUGAUAAGAUCAACGACAACCUCUUCUUCAGCUGCUGCUGUGCUCAGCAAGGCCAAUGGUCAUGGCACCAGGUCUGCGAUUGCGCAACAAGCACGUAUAGCUGCAAUAACACAUGUGUGAAAACAGCCUUGCGCGAUGAGAAUCGCUACUAUCAGGCUGCCAGAGAGCUGUAUGCAAAUGUCACGGAACUUUACCCCGAAUCCAACAUUUGGGUUGCCGGGCACUCGCUCGGUGGAGCGGUCAGCUCCCUUCUCGGCCUAACCUACGGGCUCCCCGUCGUGACGUUCGAAGCCGUUCCUGAGGCGCUGGCAGCUGGUAGAUUGGGCCUUCCGGUACCUCCGCAUGCCGACCCCGAGUUCCCCCAGACUCGACAGUAUACCGGGUCAUUCCAUGUGGGCCACACGGCGGAUCCUAUUUAUGUCGGGUCGUGCAAUGGCGCGACUGCCUCGUGUUCCUUCGCCGGCUACGCGUUGGAGACGGCGUGCCAUACUGGUUAUGAGUGCGUCUACGACACCGUAGCCGACCAUGGUUGGAGAGUGGGUAUUGGCACGCACAAGAUACGAAGCGUGAUCAACGAUGUCAUUCGAAAAUACGACGACGCCCCGGAAUGCAGGUUUACGCCGGAAUGCCGGGAUUGCGCGAACUGGAAGAUGUAUGAAAGUAAUCGCACCGACGACACGACUUCCUCAAGCAGUUCUAUCGAGUCUAAAACGCGUACUCGGACGGCCACCUGCCAGACCCCCGGAUGGUGGGAUUGUCUCGAUGAGACUACGACGACGGCACCCCCCGGCACACCAACCACGACUAGUAGCUCAACUACUACGUGCAAAACACCUGGCUGGUUCGGCUGCAACGACGAGACUACAACGACCGACACCACCGCCACUUCGACCUCCACGACUACCGCGACCCCGACUACCACGUGCGAGACGCCAGGCUGGUUUGGCUGCAAAGACAAGUCCACCACCUCCACCCCAGAUGCCACCACAUCGUUGCGGCCAUCGCAGCCUCACGUCAUCACCUCGCCUCCGCCUGUGCCAACCGACACGGCCCGCCCGGAACCCGAGCCGUCGGAUCUACCCAAGUCGCACUGCGUCCACCGCAAUUGGGUGGGUAUGUGCAAGGAGUGGGGGACGAGCGAGGAGACUGCUUCGACUACCGCGGCCGCGUGGGCAAACGAUGAGAUGUAAGCCGGUGCUGAGAAGAGAGCCGGCCUACCACUCUCGGUUGGGUAAACUAGAUUUUUUUUUUCCCUUGGGACUAGAUUGGGACAUAAGACUCGCGGAGCUCAGAACUUACCGCGUUGGCGUUUGCUGUGAAGUUCUGCAUCGCGUAUGAAUGAAUGAAUGAGUUCGGAGAUGGAGCAGGUAUGAAGAACAACACAUCGCACGUAUUCGUUAUUGCAUACAUAUAGGUAU